CCUCUCCCCAGUCACGCACACACACACAGAGGAGUAUUUCUUUUUAACUUUUUUCGGCAGCAAAAAUGAAGAAAAUAAAAAGAGGGCUUGUUUAGCUAUAAAAGGGAAGGCACCCUUUCCUUUCUAGAACACCCAAUUACGCCCUCUUUCUCUCUCCACAAUUUUUUCUCCAACUUGUAAUUGGUGACUUUUGGUCUAAAGCUCAGACCUAACAAAGGGCUUCGUUUGAAUUUUGGAGGGAUAUAUAAAGGAUGGCGAGGGAGAAGAUCAAGAUCAAGAAGAUCGACAACGUGACGGCGAGGCAGGUUACCUUUUCCAAGAGAAGACGAGGGCUUUUGAAGAAAGCUGAAGAGCUUUCUGUUCUCUGUGAUGCUGAGGUUGCGCUCAUAAUCUUCUCAGCCACAGGAAAGCUCUUUGAGUUUUCCAGCUCAAGUAUGAAGGAUAUACUGGAAAGGUAUAAUCUUCAGUCUAAUAGCCUUGAGAAAAUGGCCCAACCGUCUCUUGAUCUGCAGCUAGAGCAUGGUAAUAACAUCAGAUUGAGUAAGGAAGUGGCGGAUAAGAGCCAGCAACUAAGGCAGGCGAGGGGAGAAGAUCUUCAAGGGCUAAAUUUAGAGGAAUUGCUGCAAUUAGAAAAAAAGCUUGAAGCAGGACUUAGACGUGUGAUUGAUUCUAAGGAAGAACGGAUGAUGAAUGAGAUUAAUACGCUCGCAAGAAAGGGAGCUCAGUUGAUGGAAGAGAACAAGCAAUUAAAACAGAAGAUGAUGGUGUCGUACAAGGGGAAAAGACCUGUUCUUGUGGACUCGGACAUCGUUAUCCAGGAAGAAGGCACGUCAUCGGAGUCUGUCAACAACGUCUGCAGCUGCAGUAGUGCCCCUCCUCCAGAGGAAGAUAGUUCUGAUACAUCUCUCAAAUUAGGGCUAUCCCUUUAGGUGAAACUGGUGGAAGAUGGAGGAGACUCAUGUAAUGAAUAAGGCUGGGUCCUGGUCUUUUUAAGUUAUAAUUAUCAAGGUUAAUUAAAGAAAUGGUACAAACGACGACUAGAGAACAUGUACUUGUAUCUCUAUCUUUUGGCUGGUGCUGAUGUACGUUUUGUUUCAGUAUUAUGCAUAUGAAUUCUCAACUACUUUUGACUAUUUGCAAUCAAGCAUCCCAUAUAUGUAUGUAAGUGCUAGGUUAAAUAGUGAGUUCAGUGGAUUUAUUGAGCCU